AUGGCAGCCCGCAACACCCUCCGCCGUUCCCUCCUCUACGUCCCGGGCUCAUCCCAGCGCUUCCUGGACAAGUCGCGCUCACUCACAGCCGACUGUGUCGCCUACGAUCUCGAAGAUAGCGUCACACCUCACAUGAAAGCAGAAGCCCGCGGCCUAGUGCGGAGAGCACUCGACCAAACAGCACCAGCAGGAAUCCGCGAACGAGCCGUCCGAAUCAACUCUGUAGACAGUGGUCUCGCCCUGGGCGAUUUGACGGAAGUCCUCCAAUCCCCAAACCUGUCAACAAUCGUCAUUCCAAAAGUCAACUCCGCUUCAGACCUCACCUUUGUCUCGGAUGUGAUAACCCACACCCUCUCUCAACAAUCCGCUGCACAGAACCAAACACCCAGGCCACCAAUCUCCCUGCUAGCGUUAGUAGAGUCCGCCAAGUCAUUGACAAACUUAUCCCAAAUCUGCGCCGCAACGCCCCUGCUUCAAGGUCUGAUCUUCGCAGCUGAAGACUUUGCCCUGGAUCUAAGUAUAACACGCACACCAUCACUUCGAGAGUUCCUCUUCGCGCGCUCUGCAAUUGCAACGGCGGCACGGGCUGCCGAACUGCCUUCUACCAUUGACUUGGUCUGCACUGCAUUCAAGUCGGAGAGUGCCGAUGGGAGUCCGCCGGCUGUGUUGAGGGAGGAAUGUCUAGAUGGGCGGCGGCUUGGGUUUAAUGGGAAGCAGUGUAUUCACCCUAGUCAGGUGAAGGUUGCGGAUGAGAUUUUUGGGCCGGAUAUGGCUGAGACGGAGUGGGCUGUUCGCGUUGUUGUUGCUGAUGAGAAGGCUGCUAGGGCGGGACGGGGUGCUUGGACGCUUGAUGGCAAGAUGAUUGAUGUUCCUGUUGCUAUGAAGGCUAAGGCUAUUGUUAAGAAGGCCGAGGAGUGUGGGGUUAAUGUUGGGGAAUUGAGAGGGAAGUGGGAGCAUCAGGAGCCCGAAUAG